AUGCCAGUCACAGUCUUCCUCCGAAUCCCCCACCCUGACCUCCGCAUCCUCUCCCAGCUCCUCGCACAGGAGGGUCUCUCAGACGCCUCCUACUCGCGUGCUGUCGCUGUACUGAGGCUGGUAACUGCUGUGGUUCCGAAGUACCGCGCACUGUUUGUUGCUGACCUGGCAGAGGCGGCGCGCCAGCUCAGCUCGCCGGCCACGCGGGAGCUGCUAGAGGUUGUGGAGGGGGCGGAUGGCGGAGAGGGUGGGGGAGAGGAGGGAGCAGGCACAGCUGCAGCAGCAAGCGCAGCGACGGGGAGUGAGAGAGCGACUAUGGAAGGGCAGGAAACAGCAGCAGCAGCAGCAGCAGCAGGAGAAGCAGACGCAGCAGCUGGAGCAGCAUCGCAAGCACCACCAGCAGCACCAUCAGCGCUGGCUCCUGUAACGGGCAAGCCAUGGGGGUUGACGAGAGCUGGAGCAGCUACUCUCCGCGUGCUCAAGACCCUCACCUCGCUCCUCUCUCAACCCGCCUCCUCCCUCCCACCCGCAUGGGACGGUGACUCCCCUUCAGGGCCAGCAUCAGAAGCAGAAUGCCAGGCUGUCAUUUCAGACCUUGUUGCAUCGCUCCACCCCCUCUGGCAAGUCCUAUCCGAGUGCUGUGGCAAGCUCGAGGCUCGGUACAAGAAGCACCCUGCCCUGUCCGCUUCGGCCGGACCUGCAGGUUCGGCGGCGGAGGGCGCGGCAGGCGUGGGCGGAGGGGCGGCAGGGGGAAGUGCGGUGCCACCUCUGCCAUCAGCAGCACAGCAGCUGUUACCAUUUGUAGAGUCGUUCUUUGUGUUGUGUGACAAGACGAGUGGCAAGGGCAAGGGUGCUGCUGCUGGGGGAGCCGCUGAGCGCCACCGCCGCCUGCUCAACGCAUUCGUACGCGGCAACCCAGCCCUCCUAGAGAGAUCCUUUGCAAUGCUGCUCAAGUGGGCGUGGGUGCUGGAUUUUGACAACAAGCGCGCUUACUUCAGGGCGAGGAUGAGGCAGCUGCACGAGCAACCGCACUACGGCACGCUGCGGAUCACUGUCAGACGGCCGUAUAUUCUUGAAGACUCCUACAACCAGCUGCGCAUGCGCACAGCAGAGGAGCUAAGGGGGCGUCUGAACGUGCACUUCCAAGGGCAGGAGGGGAUCAGCGCGCGGGCUGAGCAGCCUUCUGGGCACACAAUCUAUCUCCCCAAACCCACUCUGCCUUCCUAA